UAAAAAACCUGUAAGCUCCAUCCUGAAUUGAAAGUAAGCUUUUCUUAGCAGAGUGUGGAUAUGUAAAAAUGCCGAAAUGUUCUAAGUUUCUUGUGCCCACACUACUUCUGAAUCGGUAGUGAAUGAAAAAUGAGAAGUGGUGGAGUAAGGGAAAAUCAUGAAUGAAAAAUAAACACUUAACCUUGUUUUGUCUUCCUUCUCAAACCAGCACCCACAGCUGGCCAUUGAAUGUUUUUUACUAUCUUAUUCAUAACUUCACUUACUGUCCUCCACUUCUGGCAUUGUCAAAUAACUUAAAUUCUUUUUCUUGCUCUCUCACUCUUCUUGUUCCUUUGAACUGUAGCCCAUUAAGUGGCUAGGGAGAUUUUAACAAGGAGACUUCCAGGAUUGUGUGAGUGAGUAUCCAUGUAUAUCUGAUGUGUUGCCCUAUCAUCAGAAGAACCAUAAUAAGUGAAUAAAUCGUUAGCUUCAGAAAGCCAGGUCCCAGAGAACUGCCGUAACUUGUCACAGCUGGGAGCAGGUUCCCUGUGCAGAGCCCACUGACCUGAACAAUAUCUUCAGAUGUACAGCAAGCACCUGCCUAGGCAGUGCUUCUGCCUGCGCCCAGGCAUGGUUGGCACGUCAGUCAGCAUUAAGAUAACAGUCUCCAGUUUGUCUCCAGGACAAAACUGCCACAAGACAAGGUGGUUCAUUAGCCUGCAUCCUCCCUGCCAGAUUGCCCUUGGAGGAUUCUAGUGUGAUGCCUGCUCCUUUGUUUAAUGAUUCCACAAGCUCUGCAAAAGCCAUUUAGGACCAUUUUGAGAAAAUCUGUGGCUUCUCCUUUUUUGUUGCUGACGCACAUAGGAGACCAAAGUAAUACAUGAUUUAUAGGGUCUAGGGAGCUUAGUGGAUGAUUUUUUAUUUUUUUUUAACAGAAACUUUCAUGAUGGUCCUACAGCAAAACUAGGCUGCUAACAGCUUUAAAAAAAGUGACUCUGGCUUAAGAUAGAUUUGUGUGUUAUAGUUCGUAUAGCAACAUCUAUGGCUGUAGUCUGUGGGUGAACUAUUUGCCUCAAUGCUAGAUAACAAUUUAAAUGGUCAUUUGUAUUUCAGCAACAAACAUGUUGCUGUAGCUGUAUGUGGCAAGAAGUUAAUCUCAAAUCCAUGGUUGCAAUAUCUUUUUUGGGGGAUAGGAUGCCCAGUAGUGCUUUGUUUUGCACAGAUACCUAGACAACAUGAUGGGAAGGGGAAGAGAGGAAAUGAGAAUGACUUCUUAACAACCUGCAUAUGAGUGCCCAUACAGCUGUUCCUGAGUGGUGGGGAAAAUGAUGAUGACUCUGACCAGAACUGGAAACCACCAGAAAAAGACCUGAUCCAGAAGUUAAUAGCACAGAUUGAAUAUUACUUCUCAGAUGAGAACCUUGAGAAAGAUGCCUUCCUUCUAAAGCACGUGAGAAGAAAUAAGAUGGGCUAUGUCAGUGUUAAACUCCUCACUUCUUUUAAGAAGGUGAAACACCUUACCCGUGACUGGAGGACCACAGCCUAUGCACUGAAGUACUCAGACACUCUUGAGCUCAAUGACGAUAACAGAAAGGUUAGAAGAAAUACUCCAGUUCCAGUGUUUCCAAGUGAAAAUCUCCCUACCAGGAUGUUACUGGUGUAUGAUAUCCACAUGAUUUCUGAGCUGCAGGCUCUUAACAAACAACAAGAAAAUGGAUGCAUGCAAGAAAGGAUAAUGGAGCAUCUCCUCAAAACCUUUGUAACUUUUGGUGUAAUUUCAUCAGUUCGUAUUCUCAAGCCUGGUAGGGAUCUACCACCUGAUAUCAGGAGGGUCAGCAAUCGGUUCACCCAACUGGCAACUCAGGAAUGUGCUAUUAUAGAAUUUGAAGAAGUAGAUGCUGCCGUGCGUGCUCAUGACUUCAUGUGUGCUGAAAAGAAAGAGACCAGCAUGAAAGUUGUCCUAAUAGGCAUGAAACCUCCAAAGAAAAAAGUUCCCAAAGACAAGAACCGAGAUGAAGAUACCAGCAAGAGUCUUAAGAAGGCUAGAUCCCUUAAUAAGAGAGUUGAGGAACUUCAGUUUGUUGGUGACGAAUCUUCAGCAAAUAGCUCUUCUGACCCAGAGAGUAAUCCUACAUCACCGUUGUCAGGACGCAAAAGUACUGCAACAAAUACUAAGAGUAAUUUGAGCCCCGUCAUCCACCCAAACAACCAUUUGAGUCCUAAUGUGUCACCCAGAUCAAGUCCUUGGAAUAGUCCAUCUUCACUGAGAAAAGUAACCAAAAAGUCUCCACUGGCUGAAGACAGCAAGCUUAACCCAAGCAGUAGCCCUGAAAUUCCACAGAAAUGUACAGAUUAUUCCUCAGAUAGUAGUAUCACUCCUUGUGGUAGCCCCUGGGUACAGAGAAGAAAAUCUCAAACCGUAACACAAGAGAAGAGUCCUGGCAGUAGCCCCAUGUUGGCUCGGAAAAUACAAAAUGCAGAUGGUCUACCUGUAGGGGUGCUGCGGCUGCCUAAAGGUCCUGAUGGCACUAAAGGAUUCCACAAUGGAUGUGAAAGAAGAAAGGCUAUGAAGAAUGAAUCAAUCAUUCUUUAAAAACAAAUUUCACAAGUCAGUCAACUGCUUUUGCUCAAGCCUGGUGAGAAUUUGUCACUUGAGUGACUGAGUUAAUUCAGUAUUUAAUUUUAAAAGAUUUUUUAUUCAUGCAGAGACUUUAUCAUUUGUAUAUUUGUAUAUUCACUCCACAAAAUCACAGAACAGUUGAGGUUGGAAGGCAUCUCUGGAGAUUGUCCAGUCCACCUCCUUUGCUUAAGCAGCAUCCGCUACAGCAGGUCACGUAGGGUUUUGAGUAUCUGCGAGGAUAGAGACUCCCCAACCUGUCUGGGCAACGUGUUCCCACGUUAAACCAUCCACACAGUAAAAAAGUGUUCCCUUACAUUCAGGUGGAAUUUCCUGUGUUUCAGUUUGUGCCCCUUUUCCUGUGACUGGGUAUUGCCAAGAAGAGCCUAGCUCCAUCUUCUUUAUGCCUUCCCAUCAGGUAUUUAAGACCACUGAUGAGAUCCGCCCCCUGAGGUGUCUCUUCUCCGGUCUGAACAGCCCCAGCUCUACAGGCCUCUCACAUGAGAGAUGCUCCAGUCUCUUCAUCAUCUUACGCACUUAUCUAAUGCAAUGCCCUUAUCUGCAUCGUUAUUUUUUUAAUGUAUUAGUUUGAAAUGCCUAAAUACUGAAACAGGCAUAUAAACCAUCCAUGUAACUACAUUAUUUGCAAAGCUACGAUCCUGAAGAGCAGUGUGGCAAUACUUACAGUUUAGCGGUUGUAUUAUAAUAAGCUGUGGUGUGUUACCAGCGUAAUCAUAAGGAAUAAAGGUUUUGAAGACUUCCUGUGUUUGUAUCAAAAGGAGCUGAGAAACUUACGCUACAGUGAGCAGUUGCUGUCUGCUUGCAUACAUCUCCAAAGGAAAUAUUGUUCAGUAGGACCAAAGUGUGUAUCUUCAUGUGAUGUGAAUAAAGACUCUGAGCAUUGAAGACUGUUCUGUAAGUGUUAUCUCAUACAAUCAGAUGGAAAUAAAUGACAAUAUUAACUCUG